UGGGAGUCGGGAGGCAAAGUUGUUUUGAGAUCACGCACGGUCUUGGUACAAAUUAAAUGAUUUGCAUUUUUCCCCCGUGGGCUUUGUGUUUUCAAAGUGUUUUUUUAAAAAAAGUCUCACUGAGUUUGGAAAGAGAAUUUGGGAAUAAUCAAAUCCCAGUUUGCAGCCGGAUGAGUCUGGAAUGAGUUGAAACUGACGCGAUGGCAUUCGCUGCAAGUUGGGAAACUGACUCAUUUUCUGGGGCAAACAGAGGCAGAGAAAGAGGCCAAUAACUCAUCAGAACAAGUUUCGAGUAGAAGGGGAUUAAUUCCCCGGUUUUCAGAGAGGCAAACAGCGAAGUUAGAAGAUAGGCGACGGGGUGGGGGUGAAGAUCUCUUAAUUUUGCAACUGCAAGUCUGGAGGAAUCAAGAUGUCUACCGCCUGGCAGUCUUUUGUUAAAGCGGCUGCAGUCUCCUUGCUUUUACUCUGGACUUUGCUGGAGCUGAGCGGCACGAACCAAACGUUUCCCCACGACCGCUGCAAAAAAGUUUCGGACUGCGAGCCCCUGAGAUACAACACAUGCAUGGGUUCGGUUCUACCUUACACCCACACAUCGCUCGCUCUGGCUGAAGACUCCAGCACCCAAGAGGAGGCUCACAACAAUCUGGUCCUGUGGUCAGGAUUGAGGAAUGCUCCAGGCUGUUGGAGUGUGAUUCAACAGCUUCUGUGUGCUGUCUACAUGCCAAAAUGUGAAAAUGGCAAAGUGGAGCUACCUGGACAGGUUAUGUGUCAGAUCACCAGAAGCCCUUGUGCCAUUGUGGAGCGAGAGAGGGGCUGGCCUGACUUCCUGAAGUGUUCAAAUGAUCGGUUUCCUGAAGGAUGCCUGAAUGAAGUUCAGAACAUCAAAUUUAACAGCUCUGGUCGGUGUGAGUCCCCUCUGGUACGCACAGAGAAUCCCAAGAGUUGGUACGAGGAUGUGGAGGGAUGUGGAAUCCAGUGUCAGAACCCGCUCUUCACAGACAGUGAGCAUGAUGCCAUGCACAUCUAUAUCGCUGUCUUUGGAUCCAUUGCCAUUCUGUGCACAUUCUUCACAUUGGCCACUUUUGUUGCUGACUGGAAGAACUCUAACCGUUACCCUGCUGUCAUCUUGUUUUAUGUAAACGCCUGUUUCUUCAUUGGGAGCAUUGGCUGGCUUGCACAAUUCAUGGAUGGAGCACGGAAAGAGAUUGUGUGCAAGGCAGAUGGGACCAUGCGACUUGGAGAGCCAACGUCCAAUGAAACACUCUCCUGUGUUAUAAUAUUCAUUAUUGUCUACUACUCUCUAAUGUCUGGGGUCAUCUGGUUUGUGAUGCUGACCUACGCUUGGCACAUGUCAUUCAAGGCUCUCGGCACCACCUAUCAGCCUCUUUCUGGAAAGACAUCCUACUUUCAUCUCGUCACUUGGUCAAUCCCAUUUAUAUUGACUGUCGCCAUAUUGGCUCUGGCACAGGUGGACGGAGACUCUGUGAGUGGAAUCUGCUUCGUUGGAUAUAAGAAUUAUCACUUCCGGGCAGGGUUUGUCCUGGCUCCAAUCGGGCUGGUUCUGCUAGUUGGUGGCUAUUUCCUUAUAAGAGGUGUCAUGACCCUAUUUUCAAUUAAAAGUAACCAUCCCGGGCUCCUGAGUGAGAAAGCAGCCAGUAAAAUCAAUGAAACAAUGCUCCGUCUUGGCAUUUUUGGAUUCCUGGCAUUUGGCUUUGUCUUCAUCACAUUUGGAUGCCAUUUCUAUGAUUUCUUUAACCAGGCUGACUGGGAGAGGAGUUUCCGUGACUAUGUUCUGUGUGAAGCCAAUGUCUCUAUUGCUGAGCAAACCAACACUCCAAUCCCUGAAUGUAGCAUCAAGAAUCGCCCUAGCCUUCUGGUGGAAAAGAUAAACAUAUUUGCAGUGUUUGGGACAGGCAUUGCAAUGAGUACCUGGGUCUGGACCAAAGCUACAAUCUUAAUAUGGAAAAGGACAUGGUUUAGAAUUAUCGGCCGAAGCGAUGAUGAGCCAAAACGAAUUAAGAAGAGUAAAAUGAUUGCUAAAGCUUUUUCAAAGCGAAAGGAGUUGUUGAAGAAUCCAGACAAGGAACUAUCAUUCAGUAUGCAGACCGUGUCUCAUGAAGGGCCAGUGGCUGGAAUCAACUUUGACUUGAAUGAACCAUCUGCUGACCUCUCAUCUGCCUGGGCUCAACACAUAACAAAGAUGGUGGCCAGAAGGGGAGCUAUUUUACCGCAGGACAUUUCUGUCACUCCAGUAGGGACACCAGUGCCACCAGAUGAGAACAAGAGGAACCUCUGGAUCAUUGAAGCCGAGAUUCCCCCAGAACUACAGAGGAAAUCUGGGAAGAAGAAGAAGAAAAAGAGGAAGAAAGGCAUUAGACCUCUUGGGCCUACGGAGGAGAUGCGUGACAUGGGCUAUUGCACAGAGAGAGCAUCCAGCACUGUUCCACACUUGCCCAAGUUACCCAGGCAAAAAAACUUGGUGUCAAAAGCUUUGGAACCAACUGACGUUCAGGAUAACUUACCAGGCACUCUCCUGGAAUCCGGAAUCAACUCUGGAUCAAAUAAUGGGAGGUUUUUCAUUGGAGCAUUCAACAGCUCCUCAGGAUACAGACUGAAUGCACCUCUGAAUUUGAUUGCAAAUCCUCUUUCAAAUGAUGAUAUCUUGGAGGAUGAGCUGGCAUUUCCCCGAGGAGAUCAACUCCGGCCUCCUCAGAGACCAUGUAAAAAUCCAUUCCCCCAUUCCUCAGCCAAUAUGGAGUUUGGAAGACUCCCUGUAAUUAAUAUCCCUCACAUACCAAGAUCCGAGAACAGAAGGACUGCUAUUGCACCUGUACAUUCCAAAACAAAUCUAGUGGACACAGAGUUGAUAGAUGCUGACUCUGAUUUUUGAUUACUGGCCUAGUUAUUGGUAUUGAUAAGGAUUCAUCUACUUGAGAAGCAGCAUAUCCAAUUCCAACUAGGAAUUUUGGUAAAUAUCACCUGUUACAGUUCAAAUGAGUUAAUGCAAGUGGCAUUGGGUUAAUGCAAGUGGCAUUUUACUGAAAUCUGAUGAAUGUUCAUGGCAGCAACUGCAAGUAAUUUUUAAGUUCAAAUGGAUUCACAGAAGUGCUUUACUACUCAUUUAAGAGAUUAUAGCAUUUAUUCACGAGGUUCAAUCUAUUGUGAAGAGGCCUUUCACUUUAAUGCUCAAGGUUGUGGAGUAUAUAAGUAAUGAAUUAUCCUAAUUGGCCAAUUUGGUAAAGUUAUUGGAACCUUUUUUAGAGCUGAGGGAUAGUGAACUAAUCUAAGGGUCAGGAAUGUAAAUAAUUCUGCUGGGCCAGGAUUAUUCAUUGAUCUUUGAUGUGCAUGUUAUCCAUGCUUUGCCUUCCGUUAGUUACAGUACUCAAGGAGGCCUUGUGGUCCAUUAUGUGUUGGUCAACCAUUUCCUAGAAUUCUACUGAACUCUGCCUCCCAAGUUUCUUAUCUGAUCAUACCAUCAAGUUACAGACUUUUAUCCAGGCAAAAAAACUUGGUGUCAAAAGCUUUGGAACCAACUGACGUUCAGGAUAACUUACCAGGCACUCUCCCGGAAUCCGGAAUCAACUCUGGAUCAAAUAAUGGGAGGUUUUUCAUUGGAGCAUUCAACAGCUCCUCAGGAUAUAGACUGAAUGCACCUCUGAAUUUGAUUGCAAAUCCUCUUUCAAACGAUGAUAUCGUUUACAAAGCCCUAAUUGUUCCCCAAUGUAAUAUUUUAACAUUAAGAAUAUUAUACAAAACAUUUUGAUCGGAUUGAGGAAAUAAUGUGACCAGGUUUGACUUGGUCAACUGCGUGUAUACACUGAAUGGAGGGGAAAUGUUAGCCAUGACAAGCUGAAAGUGUCAACAGCAUCAAGAUGUUCCAAACUUGCCUCCGAGAAGAGGUCAGUAAUGUUUAUGUGGUCCAAGAUAUUUGGGCAGAGUUGUGCCCAAGCUAAAUGAAGAAAUAUCUCAGUGCCUUCUAAUCUUUUGUCUGGACGUUGGGUGUAUCACAGGUUUUGCAGUUUUUGCUGGGUUUAGUCAUUUGCUGAUGCAGCCUCACUGGAAUGGUACAAAGAAUGAUAAGAUCAGCCUUACUUUUUCCUACUCAAGCUGGUCACUCCAUAAUGAGUGCUGUUCUUUGCAACUCAACCAAGACCAUUCUUUAUCUUUCUCCCCCAAUCUAUCCUUUACUGCUUAAGAUUCCCUGCCCUUAAUAAUGUGUGCUUUAAACCCAAGUUACAAAUUUAAAACUGCCAGAAGAGCAUACAGUAUAAAUGUUGCAUGAAUGCACUUCUUGUGCUUUUAUUGUGUUGUAACCAACUUGAUUUAUUCCAUUGCUCUACUGUCCAUCUUCCAAUUCUCAACAUUCUGAAAACUACAGAUCAUGAAAACCCCCUAGUGCCCAGAAUCUAACCCAGAGCAAAUCCCACUUGCCUUGUGCUUACUCACAUUGGCUUCUGAUUAUCCCAACACCUCAAAUUCAUAAUCCUCAACUUUGUGCUCAAGUCACUCGAUGACAUCAUCCCACUAGAUCUCUGUAAGCACCUUCCGUGCUAUAACCCUCCUUGUUAUCUCUGCACCCCUCUGAUUCUUGCUUGUCUUUUAAUCAUCAAACCUUCCUCUUCGACCAAUUUUUUUUUUUAGUCACCCUUCCUAAUCGGAUAAGGGAUAGCAGAUUUAAAACAGAUGAGGAGAAAUUAAUUCUCUGAAAGAGUAAUGAAUGUGUGGAAUUCACGACCCCAGAGUAUGGUGGAUGCCAGGGCAUUGUGUCAAUUUAAGGAGGAGAUAGACAGAUUUGUAAUUGGUCAUGAGUUGAAAGGUUAUGAAGAGCAGACAGGAAAGUGGAUUAGAGACAGAUGAGAUCAGCCAUAAUUGUAUUAAAUGGCAGAGCAAGCUCAAGGAGUAGAAUUGCCUACUCCUGCGCCUUGUUCUUAUGUUCUUAAUAUCUCUUACUUGCCUCAAUGUCUUUUUCUAUCUAAUUAUGCUUCUGCGAAGCACCAUGGGACAUUUUGUCUCUGCUAAAUGAUAGCACGUUGUUGUAUGGUCACUUGCUGUUAAGUUGGACUCAAGGAUUAUGUAAGAAAACAUUGAAGGACAGGCAAAUUUAGUAUUACCCAUCUUUAUAAUGAGAUUAAUUUUGCAAAUGGAUGCAGUGUGUGCAAACACACUUUCAAUCUUGAAUCCAAUCAAAGCCAAAGCUCCAUAUUCAACAACUCCAAGAAUAAAAAGAUGAUCCUGAUUGCAGCAGCUUAGAGCAUAGAGACAUAAAAAGCUAAGUGUGACCUUUGUUUUGUUGUUGUAAAUGGAUGAGGCACAAUCAGCUGAAAAGAGGGUGAAACAAGUAGAAUUACAUUGGAAAAGUACAGAGAGAAAAGACAAAAUAUAUUUCAAAUGCUGUUAAAAUUAUAUUGUGUUGCAAAACUGACUGGCACAAAUAAUUUUGUUUAAAGAAGAAUACUGCAGUGCGGUUUCUGUGGUUCUGUAUUUUAAUUUUUGUUUGACCAGAUUAUGUAUUGGAAUUGCAGUUAAUUAUGAAAGAAGUGGAUCAAUAGAAGGCAAGGAUUUGAGUGUGAAACAAGUCAGUUGUAUACACAAAAAAACAUUUCUACAAGAACCAGAGAUGGCAUUAAAAGUACAAAAACAGUA